AUGCCCUUGCGGGAGCAUUUCCGCGAGUUGCGCUCGCGUGCGUUGGUAUGCCUGCUGGCGUUGCUGGUCGGGACUGCGGUCUGCUUUUACUUCUACGAGGAAAUCUACGAGGUCCUGCUGCGACCGGCUUAUCACGCCGCCGACGUCGAGGAUUUCAAGCCGGUACGCACUGAGGUCACCGAAUUCCUCAGCAUAACCGUGCGGAUCACCCUCCUGGGCGGAUUCGUGCUGGCUUUGCCGGUGAUCCUGUACAACGCCAUCCGCUUCGUCGCUCCCGGUCUCACACCCAGGGAGCGCAAAAUCCUGUUCGCUUUCCUGCCGGCGGCCCUGCUGGCCUUCGUGGGAGGCAUGGCCUUCGGCUACUUUGUCAUGAUCCCGCCGGCGCUGAGCUUCCUCAUCGGUUUCGGCAGCGAAGUUGCCGACCCGUUCAUUCGGAUCAGUAACCUCGUUAACAUAAUGGUCCGACUUCUAUUCUGGCUCGGAUUGUCCUUCGAAACUCCCCUGGUGAUGUACGUGCUGGCCCUGUUAGGUGUGGUGAACGCCCGUAGCUUCGCCCGAUUCCGAAGGUUUUGGUUGGUUGCAGCGUUCGUGAUCGCGGCCGCGAUCACGCCAACUAUCGAUCCGCUAAACCAGGCCAUCGUCGCCGGCCCGCUGAUCGUGUUGUACGAACUCGGAGUUCUCCUGGCCCGCUUGGCCGGUCGGCGGAACCGGACUUGA